CUCCGUGAAGUCUCUGCCCCGAGUUAAGAUGGCGGCGUCGGUGGCAGCUGCAGCCGGGCGAAUUCGGCGGGCCAUUCGAAGGUCGCCUCCAUGGCAGGGCCUCUGCCUUCGGGCGCUCUCAUCCGAGGCCCCUCCAACCCAGGCCGCGGCCGUGCGAGACGCCUUCCUGAGCUUCUUUCGAGACCGCCAUGGCCACCGCCUGGUGCCAUCCGCUUCGGUGCGGCCCCGCGGCGACCCCACUUUGCUUUUUGUCAACGCGGGCAUGAACCAGUUCAAGCCAAUCUUCCUGGGCACUGUGGAUCCACGAAGCGAGAUGGCAGGCUUCCGACGUGUGGCCAACAGCCAGAAAUGUGUGAGGGCUGGAGGACGCCACAACGACCUGGAGGAUGUGGGCCAAGAUCUUUCCCAUCACACCUUCUUUGAGAUGCUUGGCAAUUGGGCCUUUGGGGGUGAAUAUUUUAAGGAGGAGGCUUGCAGCAUGGCCUGGGAACUGCUGACUCAGGUCUAUGGGAUUCCUGAGGACAGGCUCUGGGUCUCCUACUUUGGUGGUGACCCCAAGGCUGGGUUGGGUGCAGACCUGGAGAGCAGGGACAUCUGGCUCAACUUAGGGGUGCCUGCCAGCCGUGUGCUCUCCUUCGGACCACAAGAGAACUUCUGGGAGAUGGGGGAUACUGGCCCUUGUGGACCCUGUACGGAGAUCCACUAUGACCUGGCUGGUGGGGUGGGAGCCCCCCAGCUUGUGGAGCUUUGGAAUCUGGUUUUCAUGCAGCACAACAGAGAAGCAGAUGGAAGCCUGCAGCCCUUGCCCCAGCGGCACGUGGACACAGGAAUGGGCCUGGAGAGGCUGGUGGCUGUGCUGCAAGGCAAACGCUCCACCUAUGACACCGAUCUCUUUUCCCCACUGCUGAACGCCAUACACCAGGGUUGCCGGGCACCCCCUUACUCAGGCCGGGUUGGGGCGGCAGACGAGGGGCGCGUAGACACGGCGUACCGUGUGGUGGCUGAUCACAUCCGCACACUCAGCAUCUGCAUCGCUGAUGGUGUCUCCCCUGGGAUGUCAGGAGCCCCGCUGAUAGUUCGUCAGAUCCUCCGUCGAGCCGUGCGGUUCUCUACAGAGGUGCUGCGGGCCCCGCCUGGCUUCCUGGGCAGCCUGGUGCCUGUAGUGGUGGAGAUGCUGGGAGGUGCUUAUCCAGAACUGCACAAGAACUCAGCCCAGAUAGUCAGCCUGGUGUCUGAGGACGAAGCGGCCUUCCUGGCCUCCCUGCAGCGGGGUCGGCGGAUCAUCGAGCGGACCCUGAAGCGCCUGGGGCCUUCCGAUGUAUUCCCAGCCGAAGUGGCCUGGUCCUUGUCACUGUGUGGGAAUCUGGGGCUCCCCCUGGACCUGGUGGAGCUGAUGCUGGAGGAGAAAGGGGUGCAGCUGGACUCUGCAGGGCUGGCGCGGCUGGCCCAGGAGGAGGCCCAGCACCGGGCACAGCAGGCUGAGCCGGUUCAGGAACAGGGGCUGCGGCUCGAUGUCCACGCACUGGGGGAGCUGCAGCGCCGAGGGGUGCCCCCAACCGAUGACAGUCCCAAGUACAGCUACUCCCUGCGACCCAGUGGGGGUUACGAGUUCAGCACCUGUGAGGCCCGGGUGCUCCAACUGUAUACAGAGGAUGGAAGGGCCGUGGCCACCGCAGGGGAAGGCCAGCGCUAUGGCCUCCUCUUGGACAGAACCAACUUCUACGCUGAGCAAGGGGGUCAGGCUUCUGACCGAGGCUACCUGGUGCGGGUGGAACAGCAGGAUGUGCUGUUCCCAGUGGCCCAGGCUCAGGUCUGCGGAGGCUUCAUCCUGCAUGAGGUGGUGGCCCCUGAGUGCCUGAAGGUGGGGGACCUGGUGCAGCUGCAUGUGGAUGAGGCCUGGCGUUUGAGCUGUAUGGAGAAGCACACGGCCGCCCACCUGCUAAACUGGGCGCUGCGGAAGGCCCUGGGCCCCAGCACAGAGCAGCGAGGCUCCCACCUCAGUCCCGAGAGGCUGCGCUUCGACGUGGCCACGCAGGCUCCACUGACCCCAGAGCAGCUCCAGGCUGUGGAGGACACUGUGCAGGAGGCCGUGGGGCGGGAUGAGGCGGUGUACAUGGAGGAGGUUGCCCUGGCACGCACCACCCACGUCCCCGGGCUGCGCUCGCUGGAUGAGGUGUACCCUGACCCCGUGCGGGUGGUGUCUGUGGGGGUGCCUGUGGCCCAUGCGCUGGAGCCAGCCUCCCAAGCUGCACUGCAGACCUCUGUGGAGCUUUGCUGUGGAACGCACCUGCUGCGCACAGGGGCUGUAGGGGACCUGGUCAUCGUCGGGGAGCGCCAGCUCGCCAAGGGCACCACCCGCCUGCUGGCCAUCACUGGGGAGCAGGCCCGGCAGGCCCGAGAGGUGGGCCAGAGGCUGGCCCAGGAGGUAGAAGCGGCUGCAGAGCGGCUAAGUCGGGGCAGCCAGGAUGUGGUGGAGGCGCAGCGGCUGUCCAAGGACAUGGGACGACUCACAGACGCCGUGGACACCUCUGUCAUGCCCCAGUGGCAGCGGCGGGAGCUUCAGGCCACACUGAAGGCGCUGCAGCGGCGUGCCAACACCGCCAUCCGGAAGCUGGAAAUGGGGCAGGCUGUACUGAAAACCCAGGAGUUGCUACAGCGGCACUCGGAGGGGCCCCUGAUUGUGGACACGGUUUCUGCUGAGUCCCUCUCGAUGCUGGUGAAGGUGGUCCGGCAGCUAUGUAAGCAGGCACCCAGCACGUCUGUGCUGCUACUCAGCCCUCAGCCUCUGGGGCAGGUGCUGUGUGCCUGUCAGGUGGCCCAGAGCGCCACGCCAGCCUUCACAGCAGAGGCCUGGGCACUGGCUGUGUGCAGACACAUGGGGGGCAAGGCCUGGGGCUCUCGGGUGGUGGCCCAGGGCACCGGAAGCACUGCCGAUCUGGAGGCUGCCCUCAGUGCAGCCCGAGCCUAUGCGCUCAACCAGCUCUGAGCCAGGCUUGCCCAGGGGCCCCCACAGACCAGGGACAGCAGACAGGCCAGUGCCUGGAGCCCUGAAGGAGCUGCAGGACCUCCCCGGAGGCAGAAGCAGAAGGCCAGACCCUGGAGGCCAAGCCGCUGAGCUGAAGAAGACAGCCCUGGUCCAGGCCUUGCACAAACACAGAAGGUGUGCGCUGGGAGUAGUGGGCCUGGGGACACACCCAUCCACUAGGUGAAUAUGAAGACAUGGGUCGCCUUGGCUGUGACUGUUUAUUCAAAAGUACUUCACAGAGGAUAGGAGACUCCGGCAGGAACCUUCCCCUCCUAGCAGCCUGGAAUAGGUCCCCUGUCACCAGUCUGACCUCUGACACUGGACUGAAAGGCCAUCUCCACAAGUGCUCACACAGGUCCUCUGUGCCAGCCCACUCAGGACACCCACCAAGGCCUCCUCAACUACCAGGAUUCAGAACCAUUACGUGAAAGUUGUGACAGUGGGCAGAUCCUCUCUGAUGUCAAUUAUUUUAUUAACAGUGACUUCUUGUUUUAACGAA